AUGACUUUCUCUCGCACUCUCAAGGCCUUUACGGCUAUGUCUUCCCUGAAUCCUCUCAAUCUGCAUCGCCUCGCCCACACCAACGCUGAUCAGAAUCUGGUUCUGGCUGACUGCGGCAUUGGUUCCAACCCGGAGAACCUGACCUGGUCCACGUCCCGCCAGAUGAACUGGUACAGGGGUGCCAUCUGGUCGACUCCGGCUGAGACCGACCCCGCUCCUCCUGAUAUGGUUGUCGAGAUGCCUUACAACGAUGGCAAAUACCCCUGGAACUACGAGGGUGCCUCUGCAACCUUUUCCAACGGCGAUACCUGGUCUGCCUGGAUCGAAGACGGCACUCCGGAGCUCCUGCGUGCCGGCAAGGCCAUGAGCACCAAGGAUGGCGGUACCACUCUCUGGUGCUACACUUACCGUGGACGCCCUAUCAGUAUGAGUGCUUCCGGCAACUCUACCUGUGUCUCAGCUUUCAUCUGCAACCACCUUGAGAACGGUCCGACUCCUUGGGCCAGACUCCCCGGCGUCUGGGUGCCUACAGACAACGGAACUGCCUCCACAGGUGGUACCAACAGCUCCUCUGUGGAUGCAAGAACCCUCAGCGUCAAGGUCGAAGUCAGCCCCCGCCCAGCCAUCUGGUACGGCACGAUUGCCCAUUUCUUGAGCAGCAUUCUCUUCACCACGGACGGCUACUGUAGCCCUUACUCCUUCUCGAACCGCCUCAACUCAACCGUCACGGCCCAUUGUCAAGGCACUAACGCCACUCCUCUCAACUUCCUGCCCGUCUUCUUCAACGCCCUUAAAAACCUGGGUACCGUCCCAGGCUCUGAUGGCUACUUCGUCUACAACCACGGGCCAGCCCCCUUCGCCAAUGACACCUCUGACGACACCCUCACCCUUCCUUCAACCUUCAAUCUCACGGCAUACGACAUGGCCACUGGAGAGCUCAAGGGCUUCAUUGGGUACGAGAUAAAGUGGCCGGAGCCCGGUAUGGGAAUUCACUGCAGCGAGUGCAACGCCACCAAAUUCAACGACGACUACAACACGGCUAUUGCCUCGGCAUUCGAUGUACUGUACCCAAUGUACUCUGAAGUCAUUAUCGAGAGCAACUGUACCUUUGCUACGCUCUGUUGGUAA